AGAGCAACUUAUCAGCAAGAGCCGCUAUUUCAAGCUGUGUUUAGGAAGAAAACUACAGCCUGUUAUACAGCAAAAAUUCCAAAGGAAUUUAAAGAGUAGUGAUAUAAAAUCUUGUACCACAAUGAUGGGUUCAGAGAAACAAAGGAAGGGUCCCAAGGAGGUACAGAUACCUCUUCCAUAUGGCCACAUGGCAGCUCAAGAAUGGGGACCCCCAGAAGGAUUUCCUGUUCUGGCUCUGCAUGGUUGGCUGGAUAAUGGAGGAUCAUUUGACAGUUUGAUCCCUUUAUUGCUCCCAGAUUUGAGGAUAGUAGCAUUGGACUUCCCAGGACAUGGUCUUUCUUCACACAAACCUCGUGGUGUAAUUUAUGAAUUUGCUCAUUUUUUGGUUGAUAUUAAGAGAGUUGUUGAUUUCUUUAGUUGGAAAAAGUUUAUUAUUAUGGGGCAUAGCAUGGGUGGUGGAUUAGGAUUACUUUUUGCAAGUAUUUAUCCAGUUCUCGUUGAAAAGGUGAUAAGUAUUGACAUAACAAAACCCGUGAUUGUACCUGAUGAUGAUGUGGCGUAUCAGGCUCUCCAUACCAUUGAUCAACAACUUGUUUUUGAAAAGAAACAGUCACCACCUGUUUACACUCCAGACAAGGCUCUUCAGCGUUUAAUUAAUGGUUUGCAAAAUCAUGUUACGGAAGAAUCGGCAAAACUCCUGAUGAGAAGAGGAACAAGUAGAUCCAGUAACAAAAAAGGUGUCAUUUUUAAUCGAGAUGUAUCUAUAAAUAAUAUAUCUGUAUUUUCACUCACAAAACAACUACAUAAAUCCAUUUUAGAAAACUUGAACUGUGAGCUUCUGAUAAUUAAAGCCAAGGAAAGAUUUUUUUAUGAAGAUCCUGUAGAGAUUAAAGAGAUUUUAGACAUGUAUGCAAGAAAUUGUAAACACUUUCAAUACCAUGAGGUUGAGGGAACACAUUUUGUUCACUUGAAUAAUCCAGAAAGGGUUGCUCCUUUAAUUAAUGAGUUUAUUUCCAAGCAGAGUUUGAACAAAGAUGCAAAGUUAUAAUUGUGUAACAUCGUAUGCACUAAAGGUUCUUAGAAAAAUAUGUAUAGUGAACUUGUGAAUUUCACAUUUAAGGAAUAACUUUUUAUUAUUGAAUAUGUCUCAUAUCUUUUAUUAGUGGUAUUGUGCAUGAAAAGUGGUGUGAGGGAAUAAGUGGGGUAAUGUCUAUACUUGCAGUUAGAAAAAUUUGUAUUUAUGAUGGUAAAUUAUUCAUGUAUUGCAGACAUUGGUUGUAUUUUGGUUAAAUAUAAAGUUGAUAAAAAAUGGAUGCGAUUUCAUUUGA